AACCACCCCUCCUCAUUCGUAUUCAAUCAUCACGCAUUAAUUCAUCAUGGCUGGACAGUAUAUAUUGUACGAUUUGGCCGGUCAAAAACCGGGCACAUGGUCGAUGAAUCCAUGGAAGGCCAAGCUGGUUCUUGCUUUCAAGGGCAUUGAUUAUCGGACUGAGUGGAUCGAAUACCCCGACAUCAAACCAAUCCUGGAGAAACACCUCCCCCCCAACACCGAUGGCUUCGCAUACUCCGUCCCAACCAUCAUCGCGCCUGACGGGACAUACGUGAUGGACUCGCGCAAAAUCGCCGACUACAUCGAGGCCCAACAACCCGAGCCUUCGCUCCAUCUCGACUCUCCCUACCUGGAGAAAGUCGAAGCCCUGUGGACUCGCUACAUGAUGGGUCUUGUUCCCUUGUUACUCCCUCAAGUCCCGAAACGCCUCCUCAAUGACGCAAGCCAUGAGCACUGGUAUACGACGCGGGAGAAGAUGGUUGGGAUGUCGCUCGAUCAGCUGGAGCAGGUGGCUGAUGCGAAGAAGGCGUGGGAGGAAGCUGGAUCGGCUGUAGCUGAAAUCACUGCGUUGCUCAAGGAGAAUGAGGGGCCAUUUUUCCUGGGCAGCACGGCUAGUUAUGCGGACUUUGUCUGGGUUGGUAUGUUGCUGUUUGCGCAGAAGUUGGGUGAGGAGUACAUAAAGGAGACGUUGGAGAGAAGUGGCGAUAGGCAGGUUCAUCUGGAUUUGCUUGCUGCUGUAAAGCCUUGGGUGGGAGAAUAAGUAUAUCGAACCGAGGAAGUUCGUGAACAGAAAGAGGGUAGAAGUAGUAUGUGCAUCCGAUUGUACAGGGAUAAUCCCAAUUCAUUAUGCACUUUAUGAACGCAUAAAUAUUAUGCACGACAUCCCCGCAUUCAGACAACCUAUAAAAGCAGGGAGAAUAUAUCCAUCAAAGCUAAACUUCAACUUCCAC